CAGAAGUUAGUUACUUGUGUGUCCCUCUUUCUGAUCAAUAACAAAUAUAUACACGCACAAUUUUGUGGUCAUCACUUUCCAGCUUGCAUGACUUCUUGUAACUUAAACAACCACAUACACCUCUCAAAUCCCAAAUACUCUCUUCAAUUUCACUUUCUCAUUUUCUUGAUUUGAACCAAAACAAAAUGGAGGGAAUUUGUACUAGUUGUUUGUACACUUGGAUAACCCCAUCAUCAAUUGAGUAUAAAAGAAGAAGGAAACACUUGAAUACAGUUAAAAAGAACCGAUCUUUAUCAAGAAAAAUUUGUGCAGUGAGUAGUGUUUCAGAGAAAAGUGGUGUGCUAGUGAAGGACAUUUCAAGAACUAGUGCUUUGGAGCAACUUGAUAUUGAACGUGGUGUCUGCAUUCCAUUUCGAAAAUACUCACCAGAAUUAGUGAGAAACAAGGUGUUAGAGUCAAGGGGACAGAUUUUGUCUUUGGUUGGUAGAGGAAUAGAGAUUGUGUGGAGUUUGGGGCUUUAUUACACUACACUGGUGUAUGAUUAUUUGGUGGGUCGUGACGAAGAGGUUGUUCCUUUCCGUGCUCGGCAGCUGAGGAAGUUGUUGUGUGAUUUGGGACCUUCUUUUAUCAAAGCAGGACAGGUGCUUGCAAACAGGCCGGAUAUCAUCAGAGAAGAUUACAUGAAUGAACUUUGCAUUCUUCAAGAUGAUGUUCCUGCGUUUCCUAAUCAGGUUGCUUUUAACAUCAUAGAAGAGGAAUUGGGCCAGCCUCUAGAAGCUGUUUUCAGCAAAAUUUCUUCAAAAACUAUUGCAGCUGCAAGUUUGGGUCAAGUAUACCGUGCUACUUUACGUGCUACAGGGGAAGAUGUUGCCAUAAAGGUGCAAAGGCCUCAGAUAGAGCCUAUCAUCUACAGAGAUCUUUUUCUCUUCCGCACUCUAGCCUCAUUCUUGAAUGGCAUCAGCCUACAGAAACUGGGGUGUAACGCUGAGCUUAUAGUUGAUGAAUUUGGUGAGAAGCUAUUGGAGGAGUUGGAUUAUACCUUGGAAGCUCGUAAUAUCGAAGACUUCUUGGAAAAUUUCAAAGAUGACCCUACUGUUAAAAUACCUAAGGCUUACAGACAGCUUUCUGGUUCACGUGUUUUGGUGAUGGAGUGGAUUGAUGGAAUUCGGUGCACUGACCCACAGGCAAUCAGAGAUGAAGGAAUUGAUGUGGAUGGAUUUUUGACUGUUGGAGUUAGCGCAGCCUUGCGGCAGCUGCUCGAAUUUGGCCUAUUCCACGGGGACCCUCACCCUGGGAAUAUCUUUGCUAUGCGUGAUGGCCGCAUUGCCUAUGUGGACUUUGGCAAUGUUGCUGUGCUCAGUCAGCAAAAUAAACAGAUUCUGAUUGAUGCUGUUGUCCAUGCGGUGAAUGAGGACUAUGCCGAGAUGGCAAAUGAUUUUACCAGGCUUGGAUUCCUAGCUAGUGGAACUGAUGUUGCCCCGAUUGUUCCAGCAUUAGAAGCAAUAUGGCAAAACUCGCUUGAAAAAGGACUUGCUGACUUUAAUUUCAGAAGUGUUACAGGAAAAUUCAAUCAACUAGUUUACAACUAUCCUAUUCGGAUACCAGAAAGGUUUUCUCUCGUUAUUCGUUCUCUAUUGACUCAAGAAGGCAUUUGUUUGACCCUGGAGCCACGUUUCAAGUUUCUGGAGGUAGCCUAUCCAUAUGUGGCAAAGCGUCUCCUAACAGAUCCUAACCCAGCUUUGCGUGAACGCCUUAUACAGGUUCUGUUCAAGGAUGGUCUCUUCCAGUGGAAACGACUGGAGAACCUAAUAUCUCUAGCAAAGGAAAAUGUCACAAAACUGAGCAAAAACCCUGCAUUUCAAGGGAAUAAUAGAGGAACAAUCAAACAUUUGAAGAAUGAACAGAAAUUAGACCUAACUGACACAAUCAAGGAUGGAGCUCGACUUUUCAUAAUUGACGAAGGAAUUCGCAGGCAGCUUCUUCUUGCUUUGACCGAAGACUCCAAGCUUCACAUUCAAGAAGUAGUUGAUGUAUAUAGACUGCUCGAAGACCAGGUAGAUGUACCUUCAAUGGCUUUGGGACUAGCACAAGAUUUACCAUCCGUUGCUCGAGAUAUAUUGCUUUCAUGGAGUUCCUCUGUAUUAUCAGACAGAUAGUUCCCUUCUGGUGCAUCCCUCGACCAAUGAUAUUUCAAUUUGUUAUCAUGAUGUAAAGUUGAGUUCUCCCCCUCUCCCCCUUUCUCUUCCCCUUGUUUCUUCUCCUCUUGGUCGCAUUUUUCCCAUGUGAUCAAGGUGGAAUCUAGAACCUGCAAAGUUUUGGGUAAAUAUAUUUGUAUAGUAUAGGGAAAGCAUAAAGAGAUGAAAGUCGUGUAUUAUGAGAAAUUCGUGUUGAUUAUAAAGAGAUGAAAGUCGUGUAUUAUGAGAAAUUCGUGCUGAUAACACAAAUUUUCACAGGUAUGAUGCAACAAACUUAUUGAAAAGAAAGCAUCAUGUAUAGCAUUGAUUCUUAUAAAGUUCUUGUUUGCUGAAAA